UGCAAAAGACGUUGUCUGAUUGGAUGGGUUCCGAGACUAUUACAGGAAAUAUUUGAGCAUAAUCCACAUGUAUGUAGUUUUUCUGUGAUAAAAAUAUGGAACAAAAAAGCGAGGGGAGCUUGUCCCAGGUCCGUCAUGUUGUGUUAGUACUUUCAGGAAAAGGAGGUGUGGGCAAGAGCACCAUCACCACAGAGUUAGCCCUGGCCCUGAGGCAUGCUGAGAAGAAGGUUGGCAUUCUGGACAUUGAUCUGUGCGGGCCCAGUAUCCCCCGCAUGCUUAGUGUGGGCCGGCCUGAUGUGCACCAGUGUGACUCUGGCUGGGUGCCAGUGUACACUGAUGCCCAGAAGACUCUCGCGCUUAUGUCCAUUGGCUUCCUGCUGGAGGAUCCGGAUGAAGCUGUGGUGUGGAGGGGACCCAAGAAAACAGCUCUGAUUGGUCAGUUUGUGUCAGACGUAGCAUGGGGGGAGCUGGAUGUGCUGCUGGUGGACACGCCCCCGGGGACAUCCGACGAGCACUUGGCUGUACUGGAGAAUCUCAAGAAACAGAGAAUAGAUGGAGCCAUUUUGGUCACGACCCCUCAGGUGGUAUCUACAGGGGACGUGAGGAGAGAAAUCACCUUCUGCAAGAAAACUGGUGUAAGGAUUCUUGGCAUUGUAGAGAACAUGAGCGGCUUUGUUUGUCCUCACUGCUCCGAAUGCAGCAACAUUUUCUCAAAGGGUGGUGGAGAAGAGUUAGCCAAUCUGACUGGAUCAGUCUUCCUUGGUAAGAUCAGCUGACCUGCAGUGCUCCUUUUUGAACACAAGAUGUCAUACUGAAUUCAUAUCAGUCAGCCACCAUAUUAAACAAGGCUUUUUAACUUUGUUCCCAAAAUCAACAGGAACUCCAGUACUGCUAUGACUCAACCAUCAAGCUAGUUUCACUUGGUGAUUGUGUAAAUCAAUCAGCUCAGUCCGUUUGGCUCGGUUUGAGAAACUUGAUUAGUGUUGCGUGACUUAAAUGCUCUUUUUUUGCUUUGGGGAGGGGAAGGGGAAAAAAAACUGCAUAUUAGUUGCUAUUUCACAUCAGUGUUUCUCUGCCUCUUGUGUGGCUCCAAAUCACUUUGCUGCUGAUGAAGCUGAAUUAAAUCAGUGUUUCUAUAUCCAGGUUCGGUGCCGUUGGACCCUCUACUUGGCACCUGCCUAGAAGAGGGUAAAGACUUCAUGGAGUCAUUCCCUGAGAGUGCCACCUUCAGUGCCAUCAGCAGCAUCUCUCAGGCUCUACUCACCAGCCUCCAGGCAACUUGAGGAGAAAAAAAACAAAAAAAAACUGUUGCAAUGCAACUAAAUAUGCUGAACCGAUUGUACAUAGUUUUUUAACUUUAAUGUUAUUAAAGUCACUACAUGCA